AGUUGAGCUUUUGCUCUGGUCGUGUACGCACAGAAUUUCGCUAGCGAUACGGUUGAGGAAAAAAAACGAAAAGACGCCACCUCGGGGUGUUCUAAACCAGUGUGUUGCCCAUAUACAUAGAAAUAAUAUCCUGCAGUUUCUUUUUAGUGAAACUGUGCUAGGAUUUUAAAUACUUUGUUUCUUUCGUAAAAAGAAAAGUUGAAAAACCUAAUUUUAUUUGGAUAAGUUUAAAGAAAAACUAUCCAGAGUUCAAACACACAUACUCAAGAUGAGAGGCUUUUGCCUUUUACUAGUGCUAGUGGCCUUGGUGCCAUGGGGUACCAGCUACAGUUAUGGUAGAGCUAACUCAUAUGGUGGUGCUGGUUCCUAUGGCUCGGGAUCAUAUGCACAAUACGGUUCCGGAGGUUAUGGUUCGAGUUCCUAUGGCUCAGGUUCUUAUGGCAGCGGUGGUGCUACAGCAGGCUCUUAUGGUAGCGCUGGCGCUACGGCAGGUUCUUAUGGCAGCGCUGGUUCAUAUGGCAGCAAUGCCGCCUAUACCUCCAGCCAAUCUGCCUCAUCAGCCACCUCAGGCUCUUCCACCUCAUAUGCAGGUUGUUGUAGUCUAAAUGCUUGGGCUCAACAAUAUUUGACAGAGGUACGAGAGUUUGCAGGACGUUUGAGGCAAGAGUAUAGCGCCAUGUCUUCGGGCACUGGGCAUGGUUACAGUACCACCUAUACUCCUUGGUCAGAAAACAUUAUCAGCUUGACGGGCAAGACCUCCGGAGAAUUGGAUGCCAUUUGCCGCCUUCAAAGCGAGGAAUUGGUUAGGGAUAUGCGCAAUGGUGUCAUCAACUACCAAUUGGUGUCGCAACCCAGUUUCUUUGAUUGGAAAUCCGCUGAGGUACUUUCCCGCUUCUAUGUGGUGGAUAAUGGCCAACAACAAACAUUGGAUUUGGGAAGCUUCCCCACCGGUGAUCUCACCAAUUUCGAUAAUGUCAAGACCUAUAAUUUCCCCACCGAAGUGAAGGUGAUCGAUGGCAAGACCUAUGUGGUGCACAAGAAUGUUACGGAGGCCCACAAGACCACCGGCACCGGAACCUUUGACAAUCCCUAUGUGACAGUGGUAAAGAGAAAUCGCACCAUCAUAACCUCCAAUGCCACACCUGUGGGUAGUUAUGGCACCUCGAAUAUGGGCUAUACCAACACAGGUUAUAACACCGGCUCCACGGGUUAUGUUCCUGGUGGCUCCAGCACCACAGUGACACGCAAGAAGACUGUCUAUGAUUGGGCAAAUCAAAAUAUGGAACCCACUGUGGUGGGCUAUCGUCCCACAGUGAAUUUGGAAUACAAUUGGGGAGCGGAAAAUCAACAUUCAGCUGCCAUGUCGGGACGUGGACCUGUGCAUAUACCUGUAGAUACCGGCAGUUUUGGCCAGGAUGUGGAACACUUUAAUGUGGGCUCUUAUCAGCCGGGUUCAUAUACUCCCGGUUCCACGGUGACCGUGCAACGUUUCAACAAGACCAUUAUCAAGGAUAACUCGGGCACUCAUAUCUCGGGUUCGGAGAGCCACAAGAAGUGGGUGGAUGGCAAAUUGGUGUACGACACAGAACGUCCCUUCGGCGAAUGGUCGGUGCCUCGCGAUGAGGACUGGAAGCGGGAGGAGCGUGAACGUUUCUUCUGGUUCUUGACUUCGGGCAAUACCACCCCCCAGAGUUUGGAGGCUUGGCAACGCCAGCAGGAAGAUCGCCUUUUGGCCUUGGCCCAACGCUAUCACACCACCAUAGAGGAGAUCUAUGAAUUCCAUCGCACCGAACUGAAACGCUAUCAAAAUCUCUUGGCCCAAUACAAUGCCCAGACCAAUGAUGCCACCAACUGGAAGCGCAUGGAACGAGGACGUUUGGAUUGGCUUAUACACCAGAACAGUGUGACCCGUGAUGAAUUGGAGCGCUGGCAAAGGGAGAAUGCCGAAAAAUUGGCCACAUUGGCCCGUCAAUAUCGCAUUACGGUGGAGGAGUUGAAGAAUUGGCAAGUGGAGGAAUUGGAUCGUCUGUAUGUCUACUUCAAUGACCAGAAUCAUUCCAUGAUCAACAUACCCAGUGACAAUUUGAUACGCAACACCGAGCAGGCCCGCUUGGAGGAGUUGAUUCGUCAACACAAUGCCACCAUUGAUCAGCUGCAGAAUUCCAUUAAAAUGGAUCAGGCCAAGCUGAAGGACAUCUCGCAGAUCUACAAGGGCAAUGUGCAGGAGAUGGAAAAAUGGCUGAAGGAAGAGCUGGCCCGCUUGGGAGGCAUUAUCACCGAGACACGCGAUGAAAUGACCCGCAUUACCGAAUGGCAAAAGUCGGAGAGAACGCGCCUGGAGAACAUAGUGAAAAUGCAUCAGGGCUCCAUUGGCGACAUCGAUGGUCAAAUGGCCAAGGAUCGUGUGUAUUUGCAAAAUCUGGCCAACAAAUAUCAUGUCAGUAUAGAGGAACUGGAGAAAUGGCAGAAACAGGAAUUGGAGCGCUUGCAAAGCCAGAGCCAAAUGCAAAUCGAGCAAGGCAUCAAGGAAUGGCAACUGAGGGAGCGCGAAAAUCUCAAAAAGUUGAUAGUGCGCAAUGAUCUGACCAUUGAGGAGUUCCAGACCCAGAUCAUCAAUGAUCGCCAGCGUUUGGAGAAUUUGGCACGCACCUAUAAUGUACAGGUCAAGGAGAUAGAGGCUUGGCUGAAGCGAGAAAUGAGCGAGCUGAAGAAUGAGGGAUUCCUUACGGAGGUCAAAAAGGAAUUGGAGGAAUGGCAGAAGAAGGAAAGAGAGCGUCUGCUGUUGAUUGUCAGGCAAAGUGAUGCCACCGUGCAGGAUUUGGAAUUGAAAAUCAAGACGGAUCAGAGUCAUUUGAAUCAAUUGGCUGCCAAAUAUAAUCUGGAGGUCACCGAAGUCCAGGAAUGGCUUAAAAAAGAACUGAUGCGUCUUCAAUCCCAGGGCCUCAUCAAGGUCGAGGACCUGCAGGAAUGGCAAAAGGCCGAACGCGAUCAAAUCAUACAGCUGGUGCAAAGCAAUCGCCUGACCAUUGAGGAAUUCGAGCAGAAACUUUUGAAUGAUCGCCGCAAGUUGGCCGAUUUGGCCCGCACCUAUAAUGUGCAGAUCUCGGAGAUCGAAAUGUGGAUCAAGAAAGAAGGGGAGCGUUUGCAAAGCAUGGGUCUCUUGCAAAUCCAGGAGCAAUUGAACAACUGGCAGACCAUUGAAAGGGAGCGCAUUUUGCAAUUGAUACAACAGAACAAUUAUUCGAUCAAGGAGCUGGAGGAUAGAAUCAAGAAGGACCAAACCCAUUUGUAUGCCACCGCCAAUCAGCAUCAGGUGCGUGUGGAGGAAAUAGAGGAAUGGAUUAAGAAGGAAAUCAAACGCUUGCAGGAAGAAGGUUUGCUGGAAAUCGAGAAACUCAAGACCUGGCAAAUGGAAUGGCGUGGCAAUCUCACCAAUAUGGUCAAGGAACGUGACUUCACGGUGGAGGAAUUCCACAAAUGGCUUAUGCAGGAUCGCAAACGCUUGGAGGCCUUGGCCAUGCAACACAAUGUGCAAAUCGAAGAGAUCGAGCAAUGGGUCAAGAACGAGGAGCAACGUUUCAUCAGCAUGGGUCUCUUGAAGCCCAACGAGAAGCUGACCAACUGGCAGGAGGUGGAGAGACGUUAUCUGGAACGCAUUACCCAAGAGCAGUACCACUCCACCGAGCAACUGGAGCAGAGGCUGAGGCAGGAUCGCGAAUUGCUGGAGAAAUUGGCCAGGGAAUAUCAGGUACAGGUGGUGGAGAUAGAGGCCUGGAUGAAGAAGGAGUUGGCCCGACUGCGUGACGAAGGCCAAUUGCAAAUUGACAAUCUGACCUCCUGGCAAAUUGCCGAGAAGGAACGUUUGGAGCGCUUGCUGAAGCAAAACAAAAACUGGUCUGUCGAAGAAUUCGAGUCUGUGCUCAAGCAGGAUAGGGAGCACAUGCAAAAUACCGCCUUCCAAUAUCAUGUCUCCGUCGAAGAGAUUGAGAAAUGGAUACAAGGCGAAGUCAAUCGCCUGCAGCAACAGGGCAAGCUGAACAUAGAGAAGAUGACCCAAUGGCAAAAGGAUCAAUACCAGCGCAUCAUGAACUUGCUGCAGCAGCAGUCCAGCAUCACUGUGGAGGAGUUUGAGACCAAAAUACAAAAGGAUCGCCUCUUCCUCAUGAAUCUGGCCAAGCAAUACAAUGUCAAUGUCAACGAAGUGGAGACCUAUGUGAAGAAGGUCAUCACCGAUCUGCAGGAGAAGGGCAAAUUCGAAUUGGAACAGCUCAAGGGCUGGCAAUUGGCCGAGCGUGACUACAUCAAGAAUCUGAUCAUACAGUACAAAAACUCCCUGAGCACCGAGGAGUAUGAGAACAAGUUGCGCAACGACCGCGAGCAUCUCAAGCAAUUGUCCGAUUACUAUCAGGUCAGUGUGCGUGAAAUCGAGGAAUGGAUGAUACGCGAAUUGCAGAGACUGCGCAAAGACUCUGCCGAUCAGAUCGCCAAACUCUCGGCCUGGCAAUUGACCGAGUUGGAGCGUUUGAAGCAAUUGAUCAAGGAGAACAAUCGCCUGAACUAUGUGCAGUUUGAGGUGGAGCUAAAGAAGCAGCAUGAUCAUCUGCAGCAAUUGUCGCAGCAAUACUCGGUGAGCGUGGAGGAGGUGGAGCAAUGGCUGCGUGAGCAGUUGCUGAACCUUAAGACCACUGGCGAGAUACAGGUGGAGAGCCUUACCAAAUGGCAAGAGGAUGAGCAGAAGAAAUUGAUAGCCUUGUGCCUGCAGCAACAGCGUGAGCUCUCCAUAGAGGAAUUCGAAAGGCAAUUGGCCAAGGACAGGGCGCGCAUUGAAAAACUGGCCAUGGAAUACAAUCUGAGUGUGGAGCAAAUCGAGAAAUGGAUGCGCGAUGAACUGAAACGCCUUAAGGAUUCCGGCCUGGUGCAGGUGGAGCAGCUCAGCUAUUGGCAGAAGAUAGAACGCGAGCGCCUGCAGGAUUGGCUGAAGCAACAGAACAACAUAGCCACCGCCGAAGAGCUGGAGGCCUUCAUACGUCGCGACAAGGAACGUUUGGAACGCAUUGCCCAGGACUAUCAUGUCACCGUGGAGCAAAUUGAAAAGUGGGUGGAGCAAGAGGGUGCUCGCCUGCAAAUUUUGGGCAAGGUUGCGGGACCGGGAAAUUAUACCUACAUCUACCAUAAGACCUGGAAUAGCACCCAACCCAUAAGCGGCGGCGGCGGCCACUGGGAGAUGAACCACAACAACCAGGAGGUGUGGCAAGAGCAAACCAAGGCCCAUCUGUUGGCCCUGGCCCAGGUUAAUCCCAUGAGCUGGCAAAGAUUCGAGGAGUAUUUGCGUGAACAAAGGCCCACCUUUGAGCAAUUUGCCCGUCAAUACAACAUCACCAUAGAGGAGAUCGAAACUUACCUGCGGCUUGUGGCCCAAGAUCUGACCAAGCAAGGCUACAUACAUGGCAAGGUUACGGUGGAGGAGUGGGAGACCGUGGAAUACAACUAUCUGCAACAGCUUUUGAAUGAACGCAUGAGGAAGCAGCAGCAAUGGUCCAUUGAGGAGCUGGAACGCCAGCUGAUGAAUGAUCGUGCCCGCCUGGAACGCCUGGCCCAGCAGUAUCGCAUCAAUGUGGAGCAAAUCAUCAACUGGUACCGCUUGGAAUUGCAAAAACUUUUGCAGCAAAGGAAAAUAGUCACCGAAAAUCUCACCGAAUGGCAGAGGGACCAGAAGAAUCGCAUUUAUCUGCUGACACGUCAAAGGCCACAGCAGACCUAUGAGCAAUGGGAAAUGGAGUUGUUGCGCGACACCACCACCCUCAACCGCAUUUGUGAUCAAUACCAUGUGACCAUUGAGGAGGUUGAAAUAUGGAUACGCAAUGAAUUGCUUCGCCUGGUCGAUUUGGGUCUCAUCCAUCGUGGCGGCGGAGGCAGCCAAACCACUUACACCAGAAAUUGGCAGGAUGAGGAGCGUAAACGCCUGAGGGCCAUUGCCAGUGAGAUUUCCAUUACUGAGGAGGAGUUUUUGGAAUUCAUAGCCUCCGAUGAUGCCUUCCAGCAGCAAUUGGUGCGCCUCUAUGGCUGCACUCUGGAGGAGUUGGUGCCCUUCCAAAAUGUCCAGAUAGGCAUAAUGAAUCGUGAGGGCUUGCUGGAUCGCACCCAGUUGCUGAAGGUUGAACCCUGGCAGAGGAACGAACGCGAUCGUUUGUAUAACUUCAUCAAGGACAAGAGUUACACCCUGGAGAAUCUGAAGAAUUGGCAAAAGCAAGAGAUGCUCUUCACCGAAUUGGCUGCCCGUUAUGGCAUCACCACCCAGACCCUUAAGGAAUGGCAACUCAAAGAAUUUGAGCGUCUUCAGCACUUGGCUCUCUACUAUCAAAUGAAUUUGAAUCAAUUGCAGGAUUUCCGUGACAAGGAAUUGCGUUACAUCACCUAUGUCAUGCACAAGAAAAUGUCCAGUGCCGAGGAGCAGGCCAGAUGGGCCACCAUUGAGAACAGUCGCCUGGUUGUAUUGCAACGCAAAUCGAAAUUGUCGGGCGAACAAUUGAAACAAUGGCGUCGUACUUUGUAUUUGGUGGCUCAAGCCCGCUUGCCCUUUAGCUAUGCGGGCACAGAAAUUCCCACAAAUCCCUCGGGCUAUAGGCCCUUGAUCAGCAAGGAUCGUGGAGAUCAACCACCCAAUGCCUAUGAGGAACAUGUGGACAUUGAUGAGCCUGGCGUAGCAGGCAAGGAUCCUUUGUAUCCCCCUCCCCCAGCCAUGUUGGUAGAAUCCACAACCUAUCAGCCUGGCAGCUACGGCGGCCAUGGUGGUGCCAUGAUGGGAGGUUCCUCCACACGUUAUACCAAAAAGGAAUAUGAAUACACCCAACCUGCCUCAGGUGGUGGCAGCUAUGGUGGCCACUAUAGCUCUUCCUAUGGGGGAGCCAUGCAAGCAGAUGCUGCCGCCGAGGAAGAUAUGGGCCAACAUCAUCAGGAGGAAGAUUUUGGCCAACAACAUGUGGAGGUGGAGGAUUUGACGGGCACUUUUGUGCCAGCGCAUCAGGGUCAGCGAACCCAUUAUCAUCAGCAGCACUCCAGCAUGGCACAUAGUGAGAAGCAAUUGAUGGCCGAACCUGCAGAGCAAAUUGAGGUCCAAGCUGAAACCGAAAAACCCGGCUUCUUUGCCAACAUCAAGCAAAAGAUCUUUGGUUAACUGCCCUUACAACUCUCUAACUGUUUUAUUGUAAUCAUUUUUUCAGAAAUACUCAUUUCAAUUUCUAUUCUCGAACAAAUGCCAUUUUAAUUUUUUCCUUAAUUUUCUUUAAACUAAAUUUAAGCUCGAUAUGUUUGUUUUCCCUAAUAUUGUUUAUUUUUUUGUUAGUUUUUUUUUUGUUUUUAAUUUAAUUUUACGAAAAAUAAUUAAAA